UGUAAACAACGUGCUUGCUCGUUAGUAUUUCCGAUAUAGUAUCAUGUGGCUGGUGCUUGGAAUUUCAAUUUUUAUUGCCGGCUUACUUACGCCAACGCAGGGUCAAUUGCAGCGUAAUUUUGUCAGAGGGCCUUUAAGGGGCUGCACCACGCCGGAUGGUUACAAUGGACAUUGCCUGACAUUAAGUGAGUGCCCACAAGUGACCAAUGUCUUCCAAGCAACGGACAGACGCACUGCAGCGAAUUAUAUUAUUACGCUGCAACGUAGCUGCGGCACCAGAAACGUGAAUGGGGAUCCCGUGAUUUGCUGCACGCGCAUAUUAAAUAAUCAAGCGACUGAGGCGUCAGUGAAUCCUUGGCUAAUAAUUGAAGUUGUAACGCCUUCAACUACAACAACAACAAAAGAAGCUCAAUUUGUAUAUCCCAGCGUAGAUGCUACUACAACGACGACAACAACAACAACAACAGUUGCAACGCCAAAUAGAUCCGGCUCCUUGCUUACACCCAUGAGCAGCAGCAGCAGCUGCACUUUACCGCUUGGUGAUCUUGGUGUAUGCAAGCACAUUACAAAUUGUGAGCCCGUCUUGAGCGAGUUGAUUGAGAAGCAGCGCGACGCGGCUUACAUCAAAUACGUGAAAGUCUUAAACUCCAUUUGCGGCAGAGCAGAGAAAAUUAUUUGCUGUCCGGCAGGCAAUUCAGCGGUUAGCGACGUGCCUGCUCCACGUCGUUUAACAAGCGUUGAGGAAGGCUGUGGCAGCAACGAGGGCAGCUUUUUCCGCAUCGUUGGCGGUGAGCCGACCAAGCCUGGCACUUAUCCAUGGAUGGCUUUACUUGGUUACGACGGCGAUCCGAAAUUCAAAUGCGGCGGCACUUUGAUAAGCGCUCGCCAUGUGCUGACUGCAGCUCAUUGUGAACUCACCAAUGUGAAACUGGUGCGUCUGGCUGAGCAUGAUCUAAGCACAGAGACAGAUCAACCACAUGUAGAUGUAUCCGUUGUUGCUAGCAUCUCGCAUCCCAGCUACAAUCGCAGACGUAUGGUGCACGACAUUGGUUUGCUCUACUUGGCACACAAUGUGCAGUUCAGUCGAACCAUUAGGCCCAUUUGCUUGCCAACCAGCGCCAGCUUGCGUUCAAAAUCUUUUGUUGGCUAUACACCUUUUGUUGCGGGCUGGGGCAAGACGCAAGAGUCGGGCACAUCAUCGAAUAUAUUGCAGCAUCUCAGCAUUCCCGUUUUGACAAACGAACAGUGUCGCGACACUUAUGCCAAGAAGGGGAGGCGUAUUAGCGAGGAAAUGUUUGGGCCUUCGGUGCUUUGCGCUGGGCACUUGGCUGGUGGCAAUGACACCUGCCAGGGUGACUCAGGUGGGCCCAUGAUGAUUGUCGAUGGUGAUCCCAGUCAGCGGCGUUACUAUCAAAUCGGCAUAGUCUCCUAUGGUAUCGGCUGUGCGAGAAGAGAUGCUCCAGGUGUGUACACCAACAUCCAAUACUUUAUGGGUUGGAUUAUCGAUAUGGUAGACGAUGAGUCUUGGCUUAAAAAAAGUGUUUAAAGUAUUGUGAUAUCGAAUGUA